AUGUUGUUUUCAGGCGUCUUUACCGCCGCCGCCCUUCUUGCCGCUCAAGUUACUGCUCACGGAGCCGUUACUAGCUAUGUUAUUGACGGUGUGACCUACCCUGGAUACACCGGCUUCUCCCCAGCAUCCUCUCCUAAGACAAUCCAACGUCAGUGGCCAGAUUACAACCCCACCAUGACCAUCACCGACAGGAAAGUGAUGUGUAAUGGUGGCACAUCUGCGGAUCUUGUUGCUAAGGUGGCUGCUGGUGGCAAGAUCAAGGCGAUCUGGGCACAAUGGACACAUGAACAAGGACCUGUCAUGGUUUGGCUGUACAAGUGUGCAGGAGAUUUCAAGAGCUGUGACGGCAGUGGAAAGAAAUGGUUUAAGGUGGACCAGGAGGGCAUGACUGCACCACCUCUCAGUGGUCGCAACUGGGGUACGGCAAAGGUACUGAAGAACCUAUACUGGGAGUCUACGAUCCCCAAGACGCUUGCUGCGGGCAAUUACCUCGUGCGCCAUGAGCUUCUUGCUCUUCACCAGGCAAAGACGCCCCAGUUCUACGCCGAGUGCGCUCAGGUACAAAUGACCUGCGCUUUUCUUUAA